AUGGCAGCUCCGUAUCCUCAGGUGGUCCUCCUCGGCGACUCUCUCAUCCAGGGUGCCUGCCAGACCAACGAAGGCUUCUCUUUCCAGUCUGCUCUCGAGACUCAUUGCGUUCGGAGGUAUGACGUGGUCAACCGUGGCUUCUCGGGCUACAACACUUCGCAAACCCUCAAGAUACUAGACAAGAUCAUCCUGGCCCCCUCAGAGUCCGGGCCAAAGAUCAAGUACCUGCUUGUUCUGCUCGGGGCCAAUGAUGCGGCGAUCCCCAUGCAGGUUGCGAACCAGCACGUCGACCUGGCCGAGUACAAGGUGAACCUGGCCAAGAUCAUCACGCACCCCAACGUCACGGCGCACAAGGCCCAGGUCCUCCUGGUCACCCCGCCCCCGCUGGACGAGAUCUUCAAAGCCAAGCUCGACAUCGAGGCCGGCUUUCCUCAGAGCACGCGCGAGACCAAGAUCAGCGCGCAGUACUCCGAGGCUGCGCGCCAGGUGGCCAAGGAGGUCGAAGGCGUCGUGCUCGUCGACCUAUGGAAGGAGCUCAUGGACGUGGCCAUUGCCAAGACGCCCGGCUUUGACGCCAGCACGGGCACGCUCGGCGACCCGGAGACGGGGAAGCGCGGGUACCUGGAGCAGCUCCUGAAGGACGGCCUGCACAUGACUGGCGAGGCGUACGAGAUCUUCUUCAAGGCGGUUGAGAAGCACAUUGAGCCGCAACAUCCCAACCUCUCGCAGGAGGGAUGGAUCUACCCCGAUUGGCGCGAGGCCGAGUGGCUGAAGAAUUAA